AUGCUGGCAUUGAGGUUCUAUGCAUCAGGAUCAUUUCUUCAGAUAGUGGGCGAUUUGCAAGGAUUUGAUAAAGGGACCGCAAGUCGAAUUGUCGUGAAGGUGUCAGAUGCCUUGGCUGCCUUGCAGGAUACUUUCAUUAAAUGGCCAACAACUGCUGAAGAGAGGAACCGAAUCCACACUGGGUUUUACGAAAUGGCAGGAUUUCCAAAUGUUAUUGGCUGCGUUGACGGGACACAUGUGAAGAUUCAGGGCCCCUCUACCCCACAAUGGUACAAAGAGUUGAAGGAGGAUGGACAGCAGAGGCCAACAUAUGAGUCUGCCUUUGUCGGUAGAAAACAGUACCACAGCAUCAAUACACGGGGCAUAUGUGACCAUCAAGGAAAGCUGAUAAAUAUAGUUUCACGAUGGCCGGGUGCCACACAUGACUCGCACAUCUUCAAAGAAAGUCAGAUCGGGAUAUACUUGGCAGAAAAUUACCGUGGGAUGUUGGAGGGAUUUCUUCUUGGGGACUCCGGAUAUCCAUGUAAACCCUUCCUCCUUACACCAUAUCUGCGUCCAAUAACAAGACCAGAGACCAGAUUCAACAACGCCCACAAGAAAACAAGGAACUCCGUUGAACGUUGUUUUGGUGUUUUGAAACGACGGUUUCACUGCCUCCACGCGGAAAUCAGGAUGCGCCCAGCACGAGUUUGUAAAAUCAUUACUGCUUGUGCUGUCCUCCACAAUAUAGCGAUUGACAGACGAGAGCCCCUAUUAGGAAGACCAAAUCGAGAACCGCGGGAUAGAUACAUCUACCAAGGAAAUGAAGGUGGUCGCACAGUGAGGAGAAAUGUGACAAACACCUUCUUUAAUUAA